UUGCUGCCUGGCGCUGCCACUUGUGGGGUCCCUGUUCGUCGCUAGGCCCCUGGAGGCCCACCUUCGGUUGCUCUGUGACCUCCACUCACCGUGGAAUCCGCAGGGAAGACACCAGGACACGGCAGAAGUCAGGAAAUGGAGCCGGUGACCUUUGAGGAUGUGGCCAUGAACUUCACCCUGGAGGAGUGGGCUCUGCUGGAUCCUUCUCAGAAGAAGCUCUACAGAGACGUGAUGCAGGAAACCUCCAGGAACCUGACCUCUAUAGGAGAAAAGUGGGAAGAUCAAAAUGUUGAAGAUGAAUUCAAAAGCCCCAGGAAACACCUAAGAAGUCAAGUGGUUGAGAGAUUCCAUGCAUGUAAAGGAGAUAGUCAGAGUGCAGAAAACCUUAACCGGACUCCAGGGCAUAUUUUGAAGAAGAAAACUCUUCCAGGAGUAACAUCAUGUGAAAGUCCUGUGUGUGGAGAAGUCUUCGUUGGUCAUUCUUCCCAAAAGGUGCCCUUGAGAGGUCACACUCAACACAAACCAUAUGAGUUUCAGGAAUGUGUGGAGAGGCCAUAUAAUAGUAAGGAGUGUGGGAAAUCCUUCAGCAAUUCUCAGUGUUUGCAGACUCAUGAGAGGACUCACACUGGAGAGAAACCCUUUGAAUGUAAGCAGUGUAGGAAGACCUUCACUCGUUCUAGCACUCUUCAAGUACACGAAAGAAUUCACACUGGAGAGAAACCAUUUGUAUGUAAGAGUUGUGGGAAAAGGUUUACUCGUUCCAGUUCCCUUUACACACAUGAAAGAAUUCACACUGGAGAGAAACCCUUUGUUUGUAAGCAAUGCACUAGAGCCUUCAGUGAUCAGAGUUCCCUUCGAUACCAUGAGAGAAUUCACAGGGGAGAGAAACCGUAUGUAUGUAAGGAAUGUGGGAAAGCCUUUGCUUGUUCUGGUACCUUUCGAAAACAUGAACGAACUCACACAGGAGAGAAACCCUAUAAAUGUACGCAUUGUGGGAAAGCCUUCGGUUCUGACAGUACCUUUCGAAAACAUAAAAGAAUUCAUACUGGAGAGAAACCAUAUGUGUGUAAGCAAUGUGAUAGAGCCUUCACUUAUUCCUCUUCUUUUAAAUACCACAUAAGGACGCACAGCGGAGAGAAAAUAAAUGGGAAAAGAUGCAAUGGAGAGAAACCCUAUGAAUGCAAGCAAUGUGGUAAAGCAUUUUCUAGUUCCAGUAGUCUGAAAACACAUAAAAAUAUUCACAGUGGAGAGAAACCCUAUGAAUGCAGGCAGUGUGGUAAAGCCUUCCAUAAUUCCUCUUCCCGCCGAAGACAUGAGAGAAUUCACAAUGGGGAGAAACCAUAUGUAUGCGAACAAUGUGGGAAAGCCUUUACUUUUUCUGAUGCCUUUCGAAGACAUCGAAGAACUCACACAGGAGAGAAACCCUACAAAUGUAUGCAGUGUGGGAAAGCCUUCUGUUCUGACAGUGCCUUUUAUAGACAUAAAAUAGUUCAUACUGGAGAGAAACCAUAUGUAUGUAAGCAAUGUGGGAAAGCCUUCAUUUAUCCCUCUUCUUUUCAAUACCAUGUAAGGGCGCACAAUGGGGAGAAGCCUUAUGUAUGUAAGCAGUGUGGGAAAACCUUCAUGUAUCCCAGUUCCCUUCAAGUACAUGAAAGAACUCACACUGGAGAGAGACCCUAUGUUUGUGAGCAGUGUGGGAAAACAUUCCAUGGUCUCACUUACUUGAAAAUACAUGAAAAAAGUCACAGUGAAGAGAAACUCUGUGAAUGCAAGCAGUGUGGUAAAACAUUCUCUAGUCCCAGUAACCUGAAAACACAUGAGAAAAUUCACAGUGGAGAGAAACCCUAUGAAUGUAAGCAGUGUGGUAAAGCCUUCCGUAAUUCCACUUCCCUCCGAUUACAUGACAGAGUUCACACUGGAGAAAAACCAUAUGUAUGUGAGCAUUGUGGGAAAGCCUUCUGGAAAUCCUGUUCCCUUCGCCAUCAUGAAAUAAUCCACACUGCACAGUGAUGUUUAAUAUAGAAUGUGGGAAGGUUUAAUUAUCACAAGACCUUUCUAGAACUUAUGAAAAUGGACAACGCAGAGAGCUAAUAUCAGUAUAAAGCAUGGGGGAAUGCCACUAGUCAUCUUGGUUCAAUUCAAAGAUAUUGAAGAACACAGGAUGGAGGGAGACAUUGAGUGGAAGACGUGUGUAAAGGUCUCCAUUGGCUCACAUGUGUGGAUGCACUUGGAAUCAUCCUUGUCAUUGUGAAGAGAAAAAGACCCAAGGACAUUAUCAGUGGAAACACAGUUCCAUAGUCCUAUGAAAAAUUGUCAUGUAGUGGAAUCUUAUGAGUAAGUAAUACGAAGAACUUGAUGCAAAGCUUUUUGUGUAAAAUGCUCCAGAAAGUAUGCAACCUGAAGGAAAUAUACUAAAAUUUAUGCAGAUAUUGUGUUUAUCAGUGCCUCAUUCUUGCAGGGAGAGGUCUGGGAACUGCAUCCAGGGGCACUUUACCACUGAGCUAUACCCUCACCCUUUUUGAUUAUUGUUAUUAUUAAUUUUUAAUUUGAGACAGGCAAUACAGAGGGUGGAGCAUCACAUCCCAGAUAACCUCAUCUAAAAAUGCUAAGAAUAUUUGGAAUAUUUUGAAUAGAAAGAAUUCUUCAACUUUUUAUUAAGAUUUUUAAAAAUUUUCUUUCUCUUAAAAUUCUUUGUUUGUGACCUUGAUCAUACA